AUGGCUCGGAUCCUUAGACUCAGUAUCAGUGAUCUACAGUUAUUACAUCGAUACACAUCGAGUCUUUCACUAGUUGAGCUACUUAAAUUCAUAUCCAAACAUCAUCAUGUACAAGCUUUUGUUAUUGAUUGUUGCCGCUUUGGCUUUGAUCGCUGUUGCUUCUUCUCAAAUCAUAACCUACCCACUGAACUACGCACCGGUUUACACCUACCCAACGUACCAUUACACUUACCCAGUGUCUUACAAUCCAUACAUUACUUUACUUCGUCGAUGAAUACAUUUUCUACCAACUCUGAACCUAUCUGAAGUUAUUAUGCAGUUCAACGCAAAUCUUAUGAAAACGAUGACAACUAGAAAUGUAUUUAUUUUAGUAAAU